AUAUAAGGCUUUAUAUUAGUCAACAUAUUUUUUAAUGGCGAAGUCUUCUAUUUUACAGUUUAUGCCCUUGGGAAGCUAAUGAAUGUCAAAGAAGAUGAAAGCCAGCUAUCUGCUAUUGCAAGGCAAGGAUCAGGCAGUGCUUGUCGCAGCUUAUUUGGGGGAUUUGUCAAGUGGAUAAUGGGGAAAGAGGAGAAUGGAAGCGAUAGUCUCGCAGUUCAACUUGCUGAUGAAAAGCAUUGGGAUGAACUUGUUAUUGUUAUUGCCGUGGUUAGCUCUCGGCAAAAGGAAACAAGCAGCACCUCAGGAAUGCGUGAGACUGUUGAAACAAGUUUGCUUUUACAGCACAGAGCAAAGGUAGUACAAAUGUUUCUCUCUCAAAUAGUGUGAAUUUGAAAGUUGUGU